AUGGUCUCGCUCCCCGUAGCCGCGAACUGGACGGACGGGGGAACAGCGGGUGCGGACGCCGGGAACCCGAGUGCCGCGCUCGAGGCUGGGGCAGCCGAGGGAGAGGCUGAGGCUGAGUGGCUGCAACUGCUAGUCCAAGCCGGCAAUCUUUCCGCUUCCUCCUCCACGCUGGGACUGCCCGCGGCCUCCGCGGCGCCUUCGCAGUUCCGGGCCAACCUCACCAACCAGUUCGUGCAGCCGUCUUGGCGCAUUGCGCUCUGGUCCCUAGCAUACGGCGUGGUAGUGGCCGUGGCGGUCUUCGGGAAUCUCAUCGUCAUCUGGAUCAUCCUGGCCCACAAGCGCAUGCGGACCGUCACCAACUACUUCCUCGUGAACUUGGCUUUCUCCGACGCCUCCAUGGCCGCCUUCAACACCUUGGUCAACUUCAUCUAUGCGCUUCACAGCGAGUGGUACUUCGGCGCCAACUACUGUCGCUUCCAGAACUUCUUUCCUAUCACAGCGGUGUUCGCCAGCAUCUACUCUAUGACGGCCAUUGCAGUGGACAGGUAUAUGGCCAUUAUUGAUCCCUUGAAACCCAGACUGUCUGCCACUGCAACCAAGAUUGUCAUUGGAGGCAUUUGGAUUCUAGCAUUUCUACUUGCCUUCCCUCAGUGUCUUUACUCCAAAACCAAAGUCAUGCCGGGCCGUACUCUUUGCUAUGUGCAAUGGCCAGAAGGUCCCAAACAACAUUUCAUUUACCAUAUUAUUGUUAUUAUACUGGUGUACUGUUUCCCAUUGCUCAUCAUGGGUAUCACAUACACCAUUGUUGGAAUCACUCUCUGGGGAGGAGAGAUCCCAGGGGACACCUGUGACAAGUAUCAUGAGCAGCUAAAGGCUAAAAGGAAGGUUGUAAAAAUGAUGAUUAUUGUCGUGGUGACAUUUGCCAUCUGCUGGCUGCCCUAUCAUAUUUACUUCAUCCUCACCGCAAUCUAUCAACAACUAAAUAGGUGGAAAUAUAUUCAGCAGGUCUACCUGGCUAGCUUUUGGCUGGCAAUGAGCUCAACCAUGUACAACCCCAUCAUCUACUGCUGUCUGAAUAAGAGAUUUCGAGCUGGCUUCAAGAGAGCAUUCCGCUGUUGUCCUUUCAUCAAAGUUUCUAGCUAUGAUGAGCUGGAGCUCAAGACCACCAGGUUUCACCCGACUCGGCAAAGCAGUCUGUACACUGUGACCAGGAUGGAGUCCAUGACAGUGGUGUUUGACCCCAAUGAUGUGGAUAAGACCAAAUCCAGUCGGAAGAAGAGAGAGCCUCCAAGAGACCCAAGCUUCAACGGCUGCUCCCGCCGGAAUUCCAAAUCUGCCUCUAUCACUUCAAGUUUCAUAAGCUCACCCUAUACUUCUGUGGAUGAAUAUUCCUAA